AUGAACGAGUUGAAAGGGUACUUGGAGGAGGAUCGUCGUGUGUGCAUUUGCAGAGAGCUAACGAAGGCUCACGAAUCGAUCGAGCACACGACGAUCGGCAAUGUAGAUGGAGAGAAGCUGGUUCUGAAGGGAGAAUACACUCUGGUUGUGGAAGGGAAGCGAGAAUACUCCAAUCGCCACCCAAAGAUCGCUUCGGUCGUAGACGAGAAAGCAAUGAAAUGCAUGGACGUGCUUCGAGCGGAAGGCGUGUCACGCACGGUGAUUCAGCGUGUGAUGAAGGAAGUGUUCAAUGGAUGGUUCGCGAUUUGGAUCUAG